AUGGCAGCGUCAAAAAUCCGGAUGGAAUAUUCCGGCUUCCAAAGGAGAGAUGGGUGGACCCCUUUGCACAUUGCCGCUGGGAAAAACAAUGAAGAUGUUGUUCGUUUCCUGCUGGAGAAGGGUGCUGAUGUCAGUGCACAGGAUAAGGAUGGGUGGACCCCUUUGCACAUUGCCGCUGGGAAAAACAAUGAAGAUGUUGUUCGUUUCCUGCUGGAGAAGGGUGCUGAUGUCAGUGUACAGGAUAAGGACGGGUGGACGGCUUUGAGCAUGGCGUCAGAAUUAAACCAUGUGCGCAUUGUUCGUUUGCUGACACAGAAGGAUGAGGAAGCCAGUGUACAGGAUAAGAGAGACCAGAUGUCUUUGCGCAAGGCAGUAAUGAACAGUGAUAUAGAGAGUGUUCGUCUACUGGCGAAGAAAGGAGUGAGUCUCACAGCCCCGGAUCAGGAAGGAGAAUCCGCUGUUCAUUGGGCAGUGCGUAAAAAUAAUGUGGAUCUUGUACAUCAGAUUGUGGAUCUGGACGGUGAUAUCAACAUUCAGAAUAAGGAUGGAAAGACGCCUUUGCUUUUAGCCCUGAGGGCCAAUAAUCUGGAUCUUGUUCGCCUGUUGGUAGAGAGAGGCGCUGAUGUUAAUGUACAGAAUGAGGAAGGAGAGACGGUUUUGUUUUGGGCGGUGAGGACAGAUGAUAUGGACCUUGUUCGUCUGCUGAUAAAUCACGGAGCCAAUGUCAACUUACAGAAUAGGGACGGAAAGACGCCUUUGCUUUUUGCACUGAGGGCAAAUAAUCUGGAUCUUGUUCGUCUGUUGGUAGAGAGAGGCGCUGAUGUCAAUAUACAGAAUAAGGAAGGAGAGACAGCGUUGUUUUGGGCAGUGAGGACAGAUGAUAUGGACCUUGUUCGUCUGCUGAUAAAUCACGGAGCCAAUGUCAACGUACAGAAUAAGGAUGGAGUGGCGCCCUUAGAUCUGGCACUGAAGAACUAUGAUGUGGAACUCGUUCGUCUAUUGGUGAAGAAUGGGGCCACGGGUAAUGUUCAGAAUGAGACUGAUGUCACCUCAAGGGAAAUUUCAUAUUCCAAGUAUGGAGCUCUAGCAGUUGGUUUAGUCUGUGUUUGGGUGUUCCUUGUGUGUCUUGUACACAACAUUAGUCCCUUGACAGUUUUGGUAAACCCCAGAGUUGACAUUCAGCUUCCUAGGCCUAACGUUACUUUGCCAUGCAACAUUACAACACAAAACCCCAAUGCCACAUAUGCUGUGAUAUGGCGCUCCCAGAAGAUGAACAGCCGCAGAGUACUCAGUAGUCCGUCAAGAGGUCAACCCUACAUAGCCCCAGAGUUUAAUAACACGGCUUUUCUGGGAGACGAAUGUUCCUUGGUUCUCCUUGACCCUAAACCAGAAUAUAGUGACAACUACUCCGUUACUGUUGUUGUACUCGAGGAACAAGCCUUGGUUGAGGCUCAAGUUUUCCUGAAUGUUUGGCCCCCAGUGUCGGUGACUCCUGAAAUCAAAACAGUGAACGGCACCGAUAAUGACAAAGUGACAAGCCCAUAUCCUUCAUAUAGAGACUCAGAAGAGAUCAAGCCAUGGUGGGUCUUUAUUCCAGUGGUCAGUGUGCUCUUGUUGGUUUGUACUGGCCUUGUUUACGGUAGGAUCAAAAGAAGACGACAAAAUUGGGAAAAUGUACAGAGUGUUGAUGAAACGCCUGAAACCCGUGUUCCAUUGUGUGAAAACCCAUUGCCACACUCCGGCCCUGUGGUACAGUCACCAGCGACAAUUCCCAGUUGUAACCACGUGUGAUGUGUCAGGACUAAAAUAGUCCUUAUGGAGGAUAUAAUGUAUCAACUAAAUAUCUGUGUCUUCUGAAACAAAGGGCAGGCAUGUGAAUACGGCUGAUUGAAGAUUUUUGUAUGUGAUAUUAACCAAGUUUAGUAGAAGUGUAAUUGGAAAACUAAAUCGUUACAGUUUUCUAAUCUCCUAGCUUAAUCGAGUGUGCUAAGUUCGCCAUGUCUAUUUUUUUCUAAACUAGACAUUUUACCGUACAUAUGGAUUUUACCGCGUACUUUAUCGUUUAUUUCUUUUAUUGUGUUUGAUGACACCAAAAUCCAUGAUAAGAGCUUUGUGUCUGAUACGUGUGUAAAUAUUGAAUUGCCUUAACAUGUUAAUCUUUUGACUUCAAGUUUUAUGUCUCAAACUGAACCUUUCCAGCUGACGAAGGAAAACUCUAGUUUCUUGUAGUUUCUUCACUGGCUCUCAAGAUAGUGGAUAAAGCUCCACAAACUGAGCCCAGAAAAGGAGGCGGUACAAACGUCGUGCUGACACCGGGUCAACCAAUCAUGUUUCCUUGCUUUGACCUAUCAGUGCUUAGAGCAAAGAGAGUCAACAACACGUACCAUUUUUUAAAGCCUUUGGUAUGACCCGCGCCACGUUAUAUCCCAGUUAUAAUUCACUUAGUCCAGUUCCUACAAGAUAAUGUCUUCCAUCGUAAAACUGAGAAUUCAGUUCUUGUCAAAGAUGACUUAGUUGAACUUGACAAUGUGUCGAAGCAGUCUGCUGAUUUUAUUUAGUGGACAAGACCCGGCUGUUCAAAAUACACCUAAUAAGUGUAUUAAGUCAUGUAAUAUAGUUACGAUUUUAACAGAACACAGCAUCCAAUACAGCUGUACAGAGAAAAAAUGCCACAACAUCAGAUUUAGUUCGUAUUUAAUAUAAUGUUUUUUUUGUGUCAUGAUACGAGCUUGAAGUACUGAUUUGAAGAUAAAUGUGGUAUAAAAUCACUUUUAAACGACCUGGUCAGGGUAUUCUUGUGUAUAAUGUGACUUCUUUUCAUGUCAUAACCCUUCCAUUUCUUUUUCUCUGGUUUACGCAAUUGUUUUUAGUGAUAUUAGGUACAAGUACGGUGACACGAGUACCUACUGGUAUUCAUCAAAUGGCCGCCAGUAUCACUUGGUUUUGAGGCCGUGGAAGUACUGAAGCUACUGAACGUGUAGCCCACCCUGAGGAGGCCCGGGUAUGAGGCCAUGAUGGUGAACCCCAUUGUCAUCCAAAUGAUGAAUAUGGUGUAUAUAUGGUGUUGAAUUCUCAUAUUUGCUGGUUAUUUUUUUCAAUUCAGGUAUGGAUUGGCUAUUUACAAUGUAUUUUUUUUUAAAUUGUCGAUUGGUUUAUUUUAAAAGACUGGGUAUUCAUUUUGUGGUUUAAGAGAACAGGCGUUUGGUGCUACUGUGUACGUACAAUGUACAUGUAAUUCAGUGGAGUGAGAUAGUCUAGAAUACGGCCUAAAACACCAAUCAAAUAAAUAAAUAAAUACAUUAAUGGAAGAAAUCUGCUGUGUACGCACAACGUACAUGUAAUUCAAUGGAGUGAAAUGGAGUUAAAAAAACUGUUUUAAAAAGGAUGUCGGUAUCAGAUGACAUGUCUAGGCUUGGAACGGGUUUUCUCGUUUAAUUCUUGUGAAUCAAGAUGUAAAUGUAAACUUCUCAUUAAAUGCUAGUUGCUAAUCUUGACCAGAUUUUUUCUUUAAGCUGCAAAACAAGCUCUUGUGAUAAGCCUCUUGCUAUUUCUGCAGUACAUGUAUACAGUAAAGUGUAGUGGAACUAAUCAACAUGGGGAUAGUUCUCAAACAGUAAAGUGUAGUAGAACUAAUCAACAUGGGAGUAGUGCUCAAACAGUAAAGUGUAGUAGAACUAAUUAACAUGGGCAUAGAGCUCAAACAGUAAAGUGUAGUAGAACUAAUUAACACGGGGAUAGCGCUCAAACAGUAAAGUGCAGUAGAACUAAUCCACAUGGGCAUAGAGCUAAAACAGUAAAGUGUAGUAGAACUAAUCCACAUGGGGUUAGUGCUCAAACAGUAAAGUGUAGUAGAACUAAUUAACAUGGGGAUGGUUCUCAAACAGGAAAGUGUAGUAGAACUAAUCAACAUGGGAGUAGUGCUCAAACAGUAAAGUGCAGUAGAACUAAUUAACAUGGGCAUAGAGCUCAAACAGUAAAGUGUAGUAGAACUAAUCCACAUGGGGUUAGUGCUCAAACAGUAAAGUGUAGUAGAACUAACUAACAUGGGCAUAAAGCUCAAACAGUAAAGUGUAGUAGAACUAAUUAACACGGGGAUAGCGCUCAAACAGUAAAGUGCAGUAGAACUAAUCCACAUGGGCAUAGAGCUAAAACAGUAAAGUGUAGUAGAACUAAUCCACAUGGGGUUAGUGCUCAAACAGUAAAGUGUAGUAGAACUAAUUAACAUGGGGAUUGUUCUCAAACAGUAAAGUGUAGUAGAAAUAAUCAACAUGGGAGU